AUGUCGUUGCAAAAUCUACCACCCGAAACUGUCCUCGAAGUAAUUCAAAACCUUCGAAACCCCGACAUGAGCUCCCUAGCUCUAGUCAACCGCAACUGUUACGUCCUCGCCACGGAUCGCCUCUAUAAAAGAGAUGCUCGAGAAAACUACGGAUCUGCCCUCAUACAUGGUAUCAUAAAUGGUAACAUGUCAACAAUAAAGAGAUCCCUGGACGCUGGAGCCGACAUUCAAUACAUUUUUGAAUAUGGGGGGCAUAACUCAGUUGUUGAAGCCCUCCUCGCAGAUCCCCGCAUCAAGAGCAGUCGUGCGGAGACCUGGGGGCUUGGGCCGUUGGAAACGGCAGUGAAGAAUGGCCACGUUCAGAUCGUGGAGACUCUUCUUGCCCAUGGCGUGAAGAUACGCCCUCCCAGCCCGUUGAUGCAUAUCGCGGUAGUUUAUGGGGGUCUAUCGAUGUUGGAGUUCCUGCUCAAGAGACAAGAGAUUGACAUUAAUGUUCUCUUCAGCAGGAGAACGGCACUGCAUCGUGCCGUGGAGCAAGGUCAGGAUGGAAUGGUUGAGAUCCUGGUCCGGGACCCCAGGAUAGACUUGGAC